AUGGACAGUUACACGCACAUGAACGGCUGGAGCAAUGGCAGCUACAGCAUGAUGCAGGACCAGCUGGGCUACACACAACACCCGGGCCUCCACGCGAACUGUGCCGCGCAGAUGCAGCCCAUACACCGUUACGACGUGAGCGCCCUGCAGCACAACUCCGUGACCAGCUCGCAGACCUGCAAGAACUGCUCGCCCACCUACAGCACGUCCAACUCGCAGGCGCCCUGCCAGGCCGGGGACCUCCGGGACGUGAUCAGCACGUACCUUACCGGCGCCGAGGUGCGGGAACACGCCGCCCCAACCAACUUCACAUGGCCCAGCACUACAGGAGCGGCCCGGUGCCCGGCGCCCGGCACGGCCAUUAACGGCACACUGCCCCUCUCGCACAUGUGAGGGCCGGACAGCGAACUGGAGGGGGUAGAAAUUUUCGAAGAAAAACGAAGUAAAUGGGAGGGGUACAAAAGAGGAGAGUAGAAAACAGCAUGGAAAAAACCCGA